GCUCUCCGUUGCAGAUUCCCGCGGGAGCUUGGAGCCCGGUCGGAGGCGGGCCUUCCGGGAGACUGGCGCGCGGGAGAGGAAGGUCGCGAGUAGGGACUCUUGCUCCUUGCUGCUCAAGAAAUGUCUUCACUUUCAGAAUAUGCCUUGCGCAUGACUCGUCUGAGUGCCCGGCUGUUCGGUGAAGUGGCCAGGCCUACUGAUUCCAAAUCCAUGAAAGUGGUGAAACUGUUCAGUGAGCAGCCUCUGGCCAAGAGGAAGGAGACUUAUGACUGGUAUCCAAAUCACAACACUUAUUUUGCGCUCAUGGGGACUCUACGUUUUCUUGGCCUCUAUAGAGAUGAGCACCAGGACUUCAGGGAUGAGCAGUUGCGUCUAAAAAAGCUUCGUGGCAAGGGGAAACCAAAGAAAGGAGAAGGGAAAAGAGCAGCAAAAAAGAAAUAGUGUUGGUCCAUCAGGAGAAGAAAGUUCUUUCUCAGCAACUGACAGCCGUAUUUCUCUUUCCACAUAUUCAAGGAAUGUAAGCUUCCAAAAUUGAAGAUUAUUUGGAGGAACACCAUCAUUUCUGUGUUGAAGUCCAAUCCAGUUGAAUUGUGACUGGUUUCCUGGACACAGUCUAAUUCUGCAAAGUUAUUUUGGCCUUGGUUUUAUACUCUGAGGUUUACCUAUUUCUCUAAAGAAAUGAAUGCAUAGGUGAUUGAAGAAUGACUCAUUUGGGGUGGGAAUGGGAUGUUGGGGACAUGGGGGGGAACUCAAAUGAGCAUCCUUUAGUCUCCCCAGGAUCCCUUCUUGCUUCCCCACUACACCAGCCCUGAACUCUUCCAUCCCUCCGGUGUUCAACCACUGUCUCCACCACCAAGCUCACAAACUUCAUGUACCUCUCCACAUACUCCUUGGAGAGUAUCUACUAAGAUAGAUUUGUGGGAAAAGUAUCUACCUGCUAAGAGAGUACUGAGUGAGUACCUGCUGGGCCCUAGUAAUACCAUGGUUAGCAAGAAAAAACAGUCCCUACCUCACGGAACUUCCAGGCUUAUGGGAAAGACUAAUAUUACAUAAAUAAAAUUGUAUUAAAUGCUACAAAGGAAAAAUCCAGAAUUCUGCAAGAGUGUGGAUCAAUCAAUGGCUCGGUCCAGAGAUAGCAAGAGACCCAAACCUCAAGGUGUUUAAAGAAGGCCUCCCUAAAGAGAUGGCAUUUAAGCUGAGCUCUGCAGGAUGAGUAAGAGAAGAGGGGGCACCUGGCUGGCCCAGUCAGUAAAGCAUGUGACUCUUGGUCUCGGGGUCAUGAGUUUGAGCCCUACACAUGGUGUAGAGUUUGCUUAAAAUUAAGGUGUGCCUGGUUGGCUCAAUCAGUGGGGCACGUGACUCUUGAUCUUGGGGUUGUGAGUUCAAGCCUCACAUUGA